UCUGUCCAAGAUUUAGGCAAACUCAGGAAAUCCUAAAAUUUAAAACUGUCGCGAAAUACUCCAUGAGAGAAGCACGACGCAAAUACUAUGAAAAUAACACUGUAAAUGCAAACUCCAAAAGCACUUAUGCAAACGCCGCCAUAACAGACUAGUCGGUCGCCCACUAUUUAUUCGCGCAUAACUAAACUACCCCAUCGCUUUUGAAAGCCGCCUGGAGUUGCGCCCAGAAGCAACCUAAGUUAGCUUUACGUGGCCCAGUUCAUCCCCUAGGAGUACAGCAGCCCCACCAUCGUCAACCCAACACCCCCACCACGACAGUAACACAGAGCCGCCAGCAGACAAUCACCGCCACCGUCAGCCUAGUAGGAGCAAGCCAUCCAACCAACAUCAGUUCCGACAUUACGACCAAAUCAGCGUCGUCGUCAACGCCCAGCAACAAGGAGCCGUAGUCCUCCUCGCUAACCUUCAGCGCAACAUCGCUCCGUCCAUCUCCGUCCGGUGUUCAGCAGCCAAAAGUAGAGCCGACCCCCUUAAAUAUUGGUCCUUCGGCGCCAACAAAGAGCCGCACCGGUGGAAUAGAAAUCCAUAACCUCAAAACACAAGUAUCCCCAGCAAAACCAUGGAUACUUGCAGCAGCGUUCCGAAACCAGCACCUCGAACAUCGCUACAGCCUAAGCAACUGCACCGGCCCGAAGUAGGCAUGACGACUGACAUAACUCCAGCGGCGCAGCCAGAAGAGGGAACCACCGAUUUCAAUCGAUGCCGUCUGUGCGCACGACAUCACGCGUUGCGGGUAUGCCAAGUGUUUCGCGCAAUGCAGCCGACCCAACGUUAUCUGGUCGCCAGUGCACACAAAUUUUGCACCAACUGCCUCGCCUUAUCGCAUCACAGCAAGGACUGUCCCUCCGCUGGAAUCUGCAGGCUAUGUGGUCAGCGUCACCAUACCCUACUUCACCGAAAGACGGAACUCGCUAAUAAUUCUCUGCAAUACCACGCUCCCGUAUCGCGUAAAGGGCCUUCCGCACAUCGUCCCUACCGUCUACGCCGUACUGAACUCAGCGCUAACAAGCACAAGCAUCCGCAUAUGAGGCAAAGACCGAAGCAAAUCCAUACCACCACCCAGAGAAUCCGCAUAACCAAGGCGAACGGAAAGCUGUCAAGGCAAUUGCUCCGGGAUGCAAUACGUAAACUGCGGGAGCUAGAGAAUAGUAUAGUGGCUUACCGCGCCUAGGUGCGGCAGAAUAGUUAAACGAGAAAUGUCUGUCGGUUA